CCGGAAUGUUGCUCGGAAUGGUGAAGGUCGAUGUUGGACGCGUGGUCACUUGGGAAGGAAUGACCCAUAUUCUUCUAUUUCUGUCACUAACCUCCGCUCUGGACCCGACCUCCAAUAACGCCCUGUACCAGUGUGGAGUUCGUCGCCGCAUCGGUGUCCAGCUUAUUGAACGAGGAUGGGUAGCCGAGCUGGGCCAGUGGCCGUGGCACGCAGCCCUGUUUCACGUGUCCAGCAACGGGUCUAGCAGUUAUGCCUGCGGUGGAACUCUGCUGGAUCAACGCCACGUCCUGACGUCGGCGCACUGUGUCACAACCAAACGGAGGAAGAACAUCGUCCCGAUAAGUGGUUCGAAGCUCGUCAUUCAUCUCGGGCAGUACGAUCUGCGGGAGAUAACAGGAGUUCAGCAGUGCAAAGUCAGCGAAGUACAUAUUCACGAAGAGUACUCAACGAACCGAAAUGAUAUCGCGGUGCUCGUUCUGAACUCGGACGUUGAGUACUCGGACUUUGUGAUACCAAUUUGCCUGGAUAAUCGCGUUGAUCCGGAUCUUACUAAGCUCGUCGGUCAACGAGGAUCCGUCGCCGGAUGGGGACUAACGGAGAAUCAAACAGUGGCGCAAUUGUUGAGGACGGCACAGAUGCCCGUCGUUAGUCACGUGGAGUGCGUUCAGGCAGAUCCAACACUGUUUGGUCGAUAUUUGGAUCGCGGGAUGUUCUGCGCCGGAGAGCGGAACGGCACUAGCGUUUGCAACGGUGAUAGCGGAGGUGGAUUCUACAUUAGCGAGGGUGAUCGCUGGGUCUUGAGGGGAGUGGUAUCAUUUUCCGGGGUUGACGAAAAUCGGCAGUGUGAUACGGCGCAAUACGCUGGGUUCGCGAAUGUGCAUAACUAUCUUGGAUGGAUUCGAAACGUAACGGGUUCUAGAGAUGGUGCAGCUGAUAAGCUGGAUGUUCCAAGGCGAAUUAGUGAAAUUGAGUGUGAAAAGUAUAAAGAACUGGCUGGUAAACGAGGCAAUGGGAUUUGUUUGAACUCCAGACAGCCGCAUAAUGUUGCUUUAAUCUACGAAGAAGAGAUUUGGGGAGUUUGCUCCGGUGCCCUAAUCAGCGAUCAAUUUGUCUUGACAGCGUGCAGUUGUAUGAAACGUAAGAAACCCGUCAGUGCACGUAUCGGACAAUUUCUGAACAUCAAAAUAGCGAAAAUUGUUUGUCACCCACAAAAAGGAGAUUUCGUUAAUGACGUUGCACUGAUUAAACUGGAGUCAAAGGUAGAGUUUGCAGCAUCGGUCAUUCCAGCCUGUUUGGCCAACGAUUGGACCGAGAAUCUAUACGACACUUUGCUUCUCACUGGGUUCAAGGAGGAUUUUCGCGUCUACGAAGAUGUUCCAGGAUUCGGAAAACGCCCGAAAAUCACCGAGCUUGUAGAAUCGGUAGACAAUCUGAUCAUCACCAAGGAAGAGUGCCGGAACAGGACUCAGGAUACAGGUAGGACCGAGAGAAUCACCGAUUCUCAGUUGUGUGUUUACAGUCCUGGUCACGAGAUCCUUCACGCUUAUGACUCUAAUGGUUUGGCUGGGGGCGCACUCCAGACAUACAAUUCUCGUACUUGCAUCUACUCAAUUUUGGGAAUAUGUGCAGACUCUUACACCGCGCAAUCGGUGACGAUCUACUCGCGAAUAGCGCGAUUCCUUGAUUGGAUCGAACCAAUUGUUUGGGCUGUUGACGACCCAACUGAGUCCGACGAUGAGGACGGUACACCGCCAGAGUACGAAGGAAACGAACUCUCGCUAGGUUCGUCCACGGAAGAUACUUGCACGUACAAGUUCGACUCAAACCAGCUUACUCCUACGGGUCCGAUCAGGAAGAACACCGUCGUGGUAGACACUAGUGAAUUCAAGGACAUCUCAAUAGCCGAAUUUCGGAAACUUUUCGAGGAACUGCAACUCAACCUUUCAGCGGUAAAAUCCGUUCAGCCGCACACGUUGCGUAACGUUGUGCUGAUUGAGAUGAUAACCGCGGAGCAUGCGAAAGAUUUUGCAAGAAACCACAACAUGAAACACACCGUGAUGGUCAACAAUCAGACGAUUCAGAUUCCAGUGUAUUUGGACGGUGAAGGGACUACAAUCGUAAGAGUGACCAAUCUCGCACCCCGGAUGUCCAACGACUGCAUCGUGGAGUUUUUGGCAAACUUUGGGGAAGUGGUGGCAAUAAAGGAUGAAGUCUGGGGUGGACUAUUGGCAGGUAUUACCAAUGGCAAGCGAAACGUUCAGAUGAAGCUUUCCUAUCACAUUCCACAGUGGGUUUUGAUCAACGGAGAAGUUGGCUCGGUUUCGUACCAGGGACAGUUACCACAUCUUUUGUAGAACCCUCAGUGAAACACAAUUGCACUAUUUGAAUCAACAUGAAUAAACAUUUAUUUUUACUACUUUU